AUGGGAGGGGGCGUGCUCGAGGCAGAGGAGGAUUUGGUAGAGGUCGUGGCGGGGGCCAGCAGCUACGGAACGAGACAUCUGCUCCCAAUUAACCAUAAGCCUUCUGAACAUGCUGGGACAAGGAGGAUAUCGAGUUUCGCGAGACAAAGCACAGCUGAAUUCCUCAGGUCGGACCGAGAGGAAGGGGAACUGGUCCAUGACUGUGUGGAGAUAAUUGAGCAGGUUUAUGCAAGCAGAGAAGAUUUGAAGGAUGCACCGAUCGAUAGCCCAGACUGGGAGUUGUUCACCGACGGGUCCAGCUUUGUCGAGAACGGCACCAGGUAUGCGGGUUAUGCGGUAGUCACAACUCUUCAAGUAAUAGAAGCAAAGGCUCUUCCCCCUGGAACCUCGGCUCAAAAAGCAGAAAUUAGAGCCUUAACUCGAGCCCUCGAACUGAGCAAAGGAAAGAGGGUCAAUGUUUGGACUGAUUCAAAAUAUGCCUUUGGGGUGGUGCAUGUACAUGGAGCUCUGUGGAAAGAGCGGGGAUUGUUAACGUCUCAAGGGUCAACAAUAAAACAUAGGGACGAGAUCCUACUCCUGUUAGAGGCUGUAAGAGAACCCGAGGCAGUAGCAGUAAUGCAUGUGCCAGGACACCGAAAAGAAGAUGGAAAGAUAUACCAAGGUAAUCGAUUGGCAGAUAAAACGGCUAAAAGAGUGGCGAAGGAAAUAAAGAUUCAAUCAGCUCUUAUUCCAGCUAAGGGAAAUCCGGCGGAUUCCUACAUGAAAGAUGAGCCUCCAUACCUACCAGAUGACGUGAAGUUGGCCCACCUGGUGAAAGCUCAGAAGAAUGACAAAGGGUGGUAUGUAACAGCAACCGGGCAGGUGGUAGUACCUGCGAAGAUAAUGCGAGCAAUCUUGGAGACUGAACAUUACAAGUGCCACUGGGGAGCGGAGGCCUUGUGGAACCACCCGCUACCACUAGAGAACCCAGUUCAUGACAUCUCGCCAGGAGACCAUGUGUACGUGAAAAAUUGGAGCGUGGAGCCUCUAAAGGAGUCAUGGAAUGGCCCCUGCCAAGUGCUGAUGACCACGUACACCGCCGUCAAGGUCGCUGGGAUUGAUAACUGGAUACACUACACCAGGGUGAAGAAGCGGGAGUACGGGAGAACCAGUGAUCCAUGA